GCCCCGCGCUCCCGGCACGCGGCGUCUCGGCCGCCUGAGGCGGGCGUGCUCCGGCGCGUUUGUGGUGUCUGCCGCGUGUGUCCGGCGCGCUCUGUGGGCGCUGAGCCGCCGAGCCCUCUGCUCCGGAAGGAUUUUUUACCUUGGAUCUGAAGAUAGUUUCUUGAGCAAGCAAGCUGUUAAGCUGGACUUCGGAUCAUAAGUGAGAAGAGCAGCAGCUCAGCUGCUGUGUUUUAAUACACACAGGCUAAAGGCUGUGGAGCAUUCGUGGCAGCAGACCCUGGAGCUGAGGGACAGAGUGCUAAUCACAUUUUCAGAGGCGACCAUCAACAUGCCAAGCCAGUGAGACUGAAAGCUGGUAGCUUUUAAGGUCUACGGGAGGAUUUCUGACGUAUACUUGGUCUUGAGCUCUCAAGAGCCAGGUCUCACUAAAAAAAGUGUUACCUUACCUACCACCUUUGCUUAAAACUCCAUGGAGUUUUUGACAGUCUUGUCAGACCUCCAAGCAGAGGCUAAAUGUCUCAUCUGUCUGGAAUACUUGAAAGACCCAGUGACCAUCCACUGUGGGCAUAACUUCUGUUUCUCCUGCAUCAGUAUGUCCUGGAAGGAUCUAAAUGAUAGUUUCCCCUGUCCUUUUUGCCAUUUACGCUGUCCAGAAAGGAAAUUCAUGAGCAAUAACCAGCUGAGUAAUUUGACUGAAAUUGCCAAGCUACUCCAAAUAAGAAGAAGUAAAAGGAAAAGGCAGGAAGAGAAGCUUAUAUGUGAGAAACACCAUCAGAUUAUGACUUUAUUCUGUCAGAAAGACCUAGAGGUUUUAUGUCCACAGUGCAGUUUCUCUGCUGAUCACCUCCAUCACUAUAUUUGGCCCAUAGAGGAGGCUGCCCCCUAUCAUAGGAAAAACUUGGAGUGUUACAUUAUGGCAUGGAAAGAGAAAAUAGAGCACAGUUUAAGAGUGAUCACUAUGCAUACCACAAAAUCACUGGAACUGAAGAUAAAGGCAGAACAUAGAAGAGAAGAAAUCAAGUCUGAAUUUGAGCAAUUUAUGUUGUUUCUCCAAAAUGAGCGAGAGAAUGUACUUAGACAAUUACAAGAUGAUGAGAUGGGUAUUUUGGUAAAACUAAGCGAAAACCUAACAAAGUUUUCAGAUCAUGCUACCUCAUUAAAGCACCUCAUAAAAGAGAUAAAGAGAAAACACGUGGAGUCAGAUCUGGAGUUGCUGGCAGAUAUUAAGAGUGUCUACCUCAGAUAUAAAAACUUAAAAUGCCCUGAACUGUUUUCAUUUCAAUUAAAAGACUAUGGUUACCGUCUUCCACCACAAUAUUCUGGCCUGAAUAAAAUUAUCCAGCGAUUUCAAGUUGAUGUAAUUCUAGAUCCUGACACAGCACAUCGUAAACUUGUUGUCUCAGGAGAUAGGAAAUCUGUGAAAUAUGGAAAUAUAACGCAAAAGUUACCACCUAACCCAAAAAGAUUUUAUCUCUGCCCAGCUGUUCUAGGUUCUAAGGAAUAUAAUUCUGGCAGGCAGUACUGGGAGGUAGAAGUCAAAGAUAAGUAUGAAUGGAUUAUAGGUGUCUGUACAGAAUCUCUUCCCAGAAAAAGAAAGAGUCACAAUCAGCCAAUUUUAGUACAGGAUGGGUUAUGGGGAAUUGGGCUGUGGGGUCACGGUAAUUAUGUUGCGGUAGGUCCUAGGAAAAUUCAGCUUCUGCCACAUGUAACACCAAAUAAGAUUGGCAUUUUUUUAGACUUUGAAAUGGGUGAGGUUUCCUUUUAUAAUCUUAACGAUAGAUCUGUUCUGUACACUUUUAGUGAUUAUUUUACAGGAGUGCUUUGGCCCUAUUUCUACACUGGAACUGACUCAAAACCUCUUCAGAUCUGUACAGUUACAGAUUUUGAAUGAUGAACUAUUGGAUCAUUUCUUUUUCUCUUAAUGGACAUGACCAAAAUGGUGAAUCUAUAGUGUUGACUAUUUUUUUUUUUCAAUUUUUCCUGCAAACCAAAAUAGUUUAUAUCUUAGUUUCAGCAGCUUAUAAAAAGUGUGGUUAUAUAGCCUAUUUUAUGGGGUAGAUUAUGAGGCUCAUUUGGAAAAUGCUUUAGAAAUUCUUAGAUACAAUACUUGAAAAGUACAGUGAUGAGUGAGUAACACAUUUUCUUAAGUUAUAAAUUUUUUCAGUAAUCUCAGUAAAAGCCUGUUUUUUCUGUAUUAAUUGCCUACAUACUUUCACUUUAAGAACUGUUAAGCCUUUAUUCAUAAAAUAUGCAUGAAUACUCUGGGGCCACCUGCUCUGUCUAGGUAGGAAGUUUCCACUUCUGCUGGCCGUAGUCUUUCUCAGUUACAAUGUAUUGUAUAUGUAUGCAUGUAUGUCAGUAUUGACUUAGUUUUGUGGAAAAUGAGUUAAUGCUCUUACAGUUUUUCCUUGGUUCCCAUUUGGAGAAAGUGCCCUUGAGCUGCGUUCACCUGUUGUCUUUUAUGUCAUGUGGGGAUCUGACCUCUCAUCACAAUCCCCUGUUAACUUGGUUUCAUGGUUUUCUUCUAAAGUUAAUUUAUAUUAAUUCAGGGAUUUAUAUCUUUUAGCAGAUACACAGAUAUUUAAGAUUUCAAAAAACAUGUCAAGAAAAAAGACUGCUGAGUUUUUGAAUUGGAUUGUGUUGUGUAUUUUUGGUUAAUUUGGGGAUGAUUGACAAUAUUGAGUCUUAAAAUCCAUAAAUCAUUUAUUUUCAUCUUUAGUAUCUCUGAAAUGUUCCAUAAUUUUCCAUCAUGUCUUUACCUCUUGUCAGGCUUAUCCCUAAGUAUUUGAAUCUUUUAAUGCUUAUUCAUGAUAUUUUACUUCAAUUUUCUGACUGUUCAUUGCUAGUAAAUAGAAAUUUGAUUUUUGUACAUUAAUAUUGUAUCCAAGUCCUGCUAAUUUUACUUCUAAUAGCUUCUUUUAGAUUCAUUUGCAUUUUCUGAUAAUAUGACACCUCCAGCUAAAUACAUCUGUACUUCUUUCUCAUAAUCUAGAGCCUUUUUCUUUUUUAAUUAUUUUCAUGUUUAAUAUUGACAGUUCCAUAUUUAACCAUUUCCCCACUGAUGCAUGUUUAUUUUGGACAUUCUGAUUUUUGUAAAUAAUGCAAAAUGAAUAUUUUUCAUAUGUACAUAAUCUCAACAAGGUGUUUUAUAAAAGUGUGUAGAACAUAAUAAAAAGAAACCAACCAUGUGCUAAUGAUGUACUUUUUAAGUUUCAUUUGUAUCCCUUAUAAAACCCAACUUCUUUACUCCCUGGUCCUAGCUGAUUUCUCCAUUAUUUUUGGUUUGAUAGUCUUUUUUUUUCCCCCUUAAACUUCUGCCAUUGUAUCUUUCUAUCCCUAAACAGUAUGUUGUUUACUUCCAAAUGUUUUAGUCCUUUUUAUAAUGUUAAUGAUACUGAAUUGUUAAUGUGUCUUAUAUUUUUCUCUAUUCAACUUCAUGUUUAUGUGGUUCACCCAUUCUUUUCCCUAAGAUUGUACUCCAUUUCUCUUCCAUGUCUGAUGGAUACUCAGUUGAGAACUUUCACAAGGGUGGCUCCUGCUUUCUUUAGAAUGUGAAUUGUUGGGUCUUCAUCUUUAUUGGAUAAUGUCAGGGUAUUUUCCAGUGUGAUAUGUCUGUUCACAAUCCUAUCUGUAGGGUAUAAACAUUCAGUGCUAUUAGUCCUCAAUAAUAUUUGUUUGUUCAUGACAAUAGGUCUGCUCUGAUUUCAUCAUCAUUUAAAAAAAUCAUCUAUUAUUUUUCACUUUAUGUUUCUGUGUGGGAGCAAACUGUUGAAAUCCAUACUUAAUGUAUACUAAGCUGAUCUUCUGUAUAUUAAGAUAAUCGAAAAUGAAUCAUGAUGUGAAUGGAAGGGGAGAGGGAGUGGGAAAGG